GACCAGCCUCGGUGACGACUCCACGACCUUGCUAUCUCGAUCGCGUGCUCUCUACGCGUUUUCCGCUGCGCCUCCCACAAGUGACCUCCACUUGCGCAUCAUCGCCGCCUCUAGACCGCAAACGGCGCGCGCGCCUCGUCCUCCCCGGCUUGCAAAUAGCUCUGGUAGCGACCCAGCGCAUUUGAAUAAAAGCGAAGGAACGCCGUAGAUAUGUCAGGCCCACCGGGGCCAGGGCCUGCGCGGUCGAUGAGUGUAGGCACGAACGGUCCCCCCAGCGCUGGCCUCCCACCACACGGCAACAUGCCUCCACAACAGAAUGCCGGCCCGCCGCCGCCCAGCACAUCAGGUCCUCAGUCGCAACAGAACCUAAACCAAAUUGUGCUAGAAUACCUAUCUAAGAAGGGCUAUGUACGUACCGAAGCGAUGCUCCGUAAGGAGUCUGAACCUCAAGCAAACGGCCAGCCUCUCGUCAGCGGCAGCACAGACACAGGCGGCGCAAAGUUCACGAAGUCGUUCGAGCUGUUGCGGAAAUACACAGAGGAUAACCUGGAUCUGUACAGGCCGGAGCUUCGAAAGCUCCUGUGGCCUGUCUUCGUAUACUCGUUCAUGGACUUGGUGCGCGACUACUUCACGAAAGACGCCGAAACAUUCUUCGUAACAUACUCGGCCCAGUUCGAGCGCGAUCACAGCGACGAGAUCAAGACUCUGCGAGCAGUUCGCUUGCCCUCUCACCUGACAGAAAGCAACAUCGCAAAGCUUUACAACGAGAACAAGUACCGCGUGACAUUGACGACGAUGCCUUUCUACAACCUCAUACAAUUCAUUGAAUCGAAGCAAAUGGAUGGUGGACAGGCACUUUUGGACAUCAUCCGGGAUCACAUGAAUAUUGUCACUGUUGAACGUACAGCAACCGCAGAAAAGAGCAUAGCGGCGAUCCUAGCUGGCGGACAAGGAGAGGACGAGCUUCCCGCAGAGGACGAAGGUAUCCCGGGACACAACCCUGGGCAUCCUCUGACGAGCCGCCACGAUCCAGAAGCUGAUGCUGCACGUAUACGUCUGCAGCUCGGUCCUUACCCGCAAGACCAAGAUCUGCAAGAUGAUGUCCGAGCUACACUGCAGGAUGAGGACGCUAAGAGUGCACCCAAGCCCGGUCAGUCAUCUCUGGUGGAUGAGUACGAGCAGCGCAUUAAGCGCGAACCAACAGAAGACGGGCCCUCGCGCGACACAGUACCUUUGCCACCAUCUCUGGCGCGCGAUGUCUCGAUGGAAGUAGCAAAAAUCAUGGAGUACCGCGAUCGCUACAAGAUGGAAGGUCGCACGGGCGGCGUUGGUCCAGCUGUCAGCGUCACCAUGUACACCUUUCACAACACCUACGACAGCAUCAAUUGCAUCGAAUUUUCCGGCGACAACAGGCUCGCCGCCGCCGGCAUGGCCGAAUCAUAUAUCCGCGUCUGGUCUAUGGACGGUAGCCCUCUCGCAUCCACGCUACCUGAAGCCAGCACACAACCCUCAUCAUCACGGCGUCUUGUGGGCCAUGCAGGUCCAGUUUAUGCAGUCUCCUUCUCACCCUCAACCGCUGAACGCGUUGAGGGCGGACCGCCUACGAACACACAGUUCCUGCUGUCUUGCUCUGAGGACAAGACCAUUCGCCUGUGGUCGCUCGACACAUGGACAUGUCUAGUCGCUUACCGCGGUCACGAUAACCCUAUCUGGGAUCUUCAAUGGGGCCCGUACGGUCACUAUUUCCUCACUGGCUCCAACGACCGCACUGCGCGCCUUUGGUCCACCGAUCACAUCGAGCCACUGCGCAUCUACGUCGGACACGAUAACGAUGUCGACUGUGUGGCAUUUCAUCCCAACAACCUCUACGUCUUCACCGGCUCGUGCGAUCGUACAGUUCGCAUGUGGCACAUCUCUGGCGGGAACUGUCUGCGCCUCUUCACUGGUCACACUGGCAACGUCACAGCUAUUGCCUGCUCCCCGGAUGGCAAGACCCUCGCUUCUGCAGAUGAUGCAGGCAACAUCGUACUCUGGAACCUCGAGACCGGACGGCGGCGGAAGCGCAUGCGCGGUCAUGGAAAGGGUGGUAUCUGGUCGUUAUCAUGGAGCGUCGAGUCGAGCGUUCUUGUGUCUGCUGGUGCAGACAAGACUGUUCGUGUCUGGGAUGUUCUGCAAGAGACCACCGAGAGCGGUGGCAAGGGCACCGACGGUGCUGCGAAGACAGACGGUGCACUCACUACGAAAGGUGCAAGCGGCACCACAGUCACAACGAAAAAGGCAGCGAAGGAGACCGGCGUCUCGGCGGACCAGAUCAGCGCCUUUCCCACAAAGGAUUCACCGGUUUACAAGGUGCAGUUCACAAGGAUGAACUUGGUGCUAGCUGGUGGCGCGUACCUUCCAACACAGCGCGUCUAGUUGGCAUCGCCAAUCUGAGUCUGCAUUGCUAUCUGAUUUGGGGUCCCAUGGCGUUUGCGAGGAAGCUACGCUUGGAAGAGCGGAGUAAUGGGGCUCAUUGCUAGACGAAAUAUAGCACUUCAAGACCGCAAAAUGUAAUACCCACUUGAUUCUUGCACGUAAAUUGUCUCUCUAGAGCGGACAUUAAGCUCUCUUGGACAUAAUCUAG